GGAAUAUGAGCCCUUGGGGUGGAGUUUGGAAGCCUGGGAGGAGUCCGGGGCGGACGUUGGGCCUCUCCAGUGGUGAAGACAUUUCACGUGAUGGAGGGCGGGGUUUGGGGCGGGGAAGCAGCUCAGGGCCUGACUUCCUGCUCUUGGGCGUCCUAGAAGGAGACAGCUUAUUUUGGGAAGUCUCAGGGGCUGGCUAAUGUGGGAACUCUUGUACCCAGGAGAAAUCUCGAGAGAGCUGGCUGGAAACUGGAACUUCUGGACCUAAGAUCUCUCUGCCUCCGCCAAGCCAGCUCCGUGGGUGCAGGACCCAGGCUAGCCCCCUGUCCAGGAAAAGAAGGAAACAAUAUCUGUGCAGAUAUAAUCAUCCCACACACACACAGCCUGCAGAAGACCAAGGCCUAUCCCAAGCAGGGAGCCUGGAGCCAGAGGAAAUGGCCCCUGAGAGCUGCAGACCCCCACCCCAGGGGUUGGUGACCUUCAAAGAUGUGGCUGUGGACUUCAGCCCGGAGGAAUGGGGUCUGUUGGAUCCAGAUCAGAAAGAGCUGCACAAGGAGGUCAUGCUGGAGAAUGCCGAAAACUUGCUCUCCCUGGGACUUCCAGUUCCCAGAGAAGAUCUCAUCUCCCAUGUGGAAAGAGGAGGCCUGAGGAACUCCUCUACUGAUGCAGAGACAUGGUUUGAUAUCAAGGAGAUGAGUGCAAAUCUGAACAUGAUCUCAAUGGAAGACUUUUUUCAAUAUAGUGAAUACAGGGUUGUUUUUCCUAACCAUAAAAGAAACCACAUUGGAGAGGAACAUUGUGAAUGGCAUGCACACAAAAAAGCUUUAAGAAAGAGUUCCAGUGUUGCUAAUGAUAAGAAUAUACAUCCUGAAGAGAAGACACCCGAGUGUCAUGAAUGUGAUAAAGCUUUUCUUGUAUCCUCUUCCCUUGCUAACCAUCAGAGAAUCCAUGCUGGAGAGAAAUCUUAUGAAUGUAAGAAACCUGGAAAGACUUUGAGAGAGCGAUCUACUCCUGCUAAAUAUGAGAGAAUUCACAUGGAAAAACAAUCUUACAUAUGUAAUCAAUGUGGAAAGAAUUUCCAGUGUUAUGCCAAAUUGGCUCAACAUCAGAGAAUUCACACUGGAGAGAAGCCUUAUAAAUGUAAGGAAUGUGGAAAAGCUUUCAUACAUCAUCCCAGUCUUGCUAAACAUCAGAGAAUCCACACUGGAGAGAAGCCUUAUAAAUGUAAUGAAUGUGGAAAGGCUUUUACACGGAGUGACAAUCUUCAUGAACAUCAGAGAAUCCACACUGGAGAGAAGCCUUAUGAAUGCAAUGACUGUGGAAAGGCUUUCACAUAUCACUCUUAUCUUAUUGCACAUAAGAGAAUCCACACUGGAGAGAAGCCUUAUGAAUGUAAUGAAUGUGGAAAGGCUUUCAUACAGAGCUCCAGUCUUCAUAAACAUCAGAGAAUCCACACUGGCGAGAAGCCUUAUGAAUGUAAUGAAUGUGGAAAGGCUUUCAUACAGAGCUCCAGUCUUCGUAAACAUCAGAGAAUCCACACUGGCGAGAAGCCUUAUGAAUGUAAUGAAUGUGGAAAGGCUUUCAUGGAUCACUCCUACCUUGCUGUCCAUCAAAAAAUCCACACUGGAGAGAAGCCUUAUGAAUGUAAUGAAUGUGGAAAGGCUUUCACAAAGAGCUCUUACCUUGUAGCACAUCAGAGAAUCCACACUGGAGAGAAGCCUUAUGAAUGUAACGAAUGUGGAAAGGCUUUCACAAGGCACUCCCAUCUUGAUGCACAUAAGAGAAUCCACACUGGAGAGAAACCUUAUGAAUGUAACGAAUGUGGAAAGACUUUCACAUAUCACUCCAAUCUUGCUGUCCAUCAGAGAAUCCACACUGGAGAGAAGCCUUAUGAUUGUAAUGAAUGUGGAAAGGCUUUCACAAAUCGCUCCUACCUUGUAGUACAUCAGAGAAUCCACACUGGAGAAAAGCCUUACAAAUGUAAUGAAUGUGGAAAGGCUUUUGUGGAUCACUCCUACCUUGUAGUACAUCAGAGAACCCACACUGGAAAGAAGCUUUAUGAAUGUAAUGAAUGUGGAAAGGCUUUCACAAGGCGCUCCUGCCUUGUAGUACAUCAGAGAAUCCAUACUGGAGAGAAGCUUUAUGAAUGUAAUGAAUGUGGAAAGGUUUUCACACAGCUCAGCAAUCUUACUUCCCAUCAGAGAAUCCACAUUGGAGAGAAGCCUUAUGAAUGUAAAGAAUGUGGAAAGGCUUUCACAAAGCGCUCCUCCCUUGUAGUACAUCAGAGAAUCCACACUGGGGAUAAGCUUUAUGAAUGUAAUGAAUGUGGAAAGACUUACACAAAGCACUACUUCCUUGAUGUACAUCAGAGAAUCCACACUGGAGAGAAGCCUUUUGAAUGUAAUGAAUGUGGAAAAGCUUUCAGAAGGCGCUCCUCCCUUGUAAUACAUCAGAGAAUCCACACUGGAGAGAAGCCUUACAAAUGUAACCAAUGUGGAAAGGCUUUCACAAAGCGCACCUACCUUGUAGCACAUCAGAGAAUCCACACUGGAGAGAAGCCUUAUGAAUGUAAUGAAUGUGGAAAGGCUUUCCUAGAUCACUCCUACCUUGCUGUCCAUCAGAGAAUCCACACUGGAGAGAAGCCUUAUGAAUGUAAUCAAUGUGGAAAGGCUUUCAUAUAUCAUUCCCAUCUUGCUGUCCAUCAGAGAAUACACACUGGAGAGAAGCCUUUUAAAUGUAAUGACUGUGGAAAGGCUUUCUCACGGCGCGAAAGUCUUGGUAAACAUGUGAAAAUCCACACUGGACAGAAACCUUCAGAUAAUGCUCAAAUCUUGGAUAGCAACAAAGAGUGCACAUUAGAGAAAAACUUUUGAGUGUCUGAAUCAUGGUAAAGUUUUAAUAUAUAUUAGUCCCUGACUAGACAUAGGAUAUUGCAUACUCAAUGUAAACCUCAUUCAUCUAAUCCAUGUGGAAAACCAUUCAGGCUCACUUCAUCCCUAAAUUGCUUCCAGAAAAUUCCUAGAUUGAAAUCAAGGAUAAAGGCAUAAAAAUGAAGGACAGAGCUUGUUAAUCAGGAGGGAUUUUCUGCUUGGGAAGAAAUCUCCUAUGGACUUGACACAGGAACGUCUUUAGCCCAGAUUCAUCUCUAAGUUUACAUUUGAGGAUUUGGAGUAGAGGGAAGACUUAAAAAUAUGCUGAAGGAAGACAUGCCCUUACCUAGAACAUACGAAUCACUAUAAAUCACAAUAUUCACAAUGGAAAGAAACAUUAUACAAAAUAUUUGCAGAAAAGCUUUCACCUGGAUCUCAUCCUUUGUGUAGAAAUCUUCCUGCAGAUAAAACAUGUGAAUAUAAUAAAUGAGGGGAGACCUCUUCCUAUUAGCACAGAUUUCAUGAGACAUUGCAAUUUUAUAACGCAUAUAAAGGUCAGAAAAAA